AUGUUACGUGGAGCGAAACAUAUUUUAAAAAAGAAAAAUGUACAAAGAUCUGUAAAUAACAAUGGCAAUGCUUUUCGUAAACUUUCUCAAAAGAAAACUACAAAUUUAAAAGGAUUUGGUAAUAAUGUCACUAUAGAAGAGACUAGUUUGAUUGUUAAAAGAUGUGUUGAACAGAUCCGAUUGAGGGGGUUAAAUACCGUUAAUAUAUUUAAACCAAUGCGUAUUGGAGAUGGAGGAGAUGAAGUAAAAUAUUUAUUGAAUUGUUUAUUGAAUGAUAAUUUACCAGAAUUUGAAGAUGAAAUUCAAAGUCAAGAUAUAAAUAAUAUAGUAUCAGCAAUGAAAUGGGCUUUACGUCAUUGUAAAUGUAUAAUUAUUCCAUUUAAUGAUUACGAACACUUUAACUUAUACGAACAAGAAAUGAAUUAUGAUGUUCGUAAGCGAUUAUUCACUAAUUACUUUUUAAAUUCUAUACCAAUAUUAAAUAGGGAGAUUGUUUUAGAAUUAUUUGAUAUUUGUAUACAAUUAACUAGUAGUGUUCUUCCUCCUUCCAAUUCGGAUAUUGAUAAUAAUCCUCUUAAAAUUAUAAAAUCUUUAGCGUUAUGUUUAAUUGGUUAUAAUGAUGACGAAAAGGAAAAGAAUUUUAAUAGCUUUGAUGAUGCUUAUAGAGAAUGGAUUAAAUCUUCGAAUGCUUGUUUGCAUUUAUUUUUGGCUUAUGUGAGAGAAUUGGUCAUUGAAUUUGAGUUACCUCCUUAUUUGACUCUAUUGUUGGACAAUUAUGUCGAAUUACGAAAAGAAUAUAUCGAUCACUUUCAACCAAUAAGUAUAUUAAGAGUAACGAGAACAGUACCACCAAGUAUUACCAAUAAUGGACGUAAAUCGAGAUGUCCAAGUAUAUUGUUACCUGAAAUGUUGGAUAAUUUAAAUAGACGUACUAUAGUACGCACAAGUGCAAUGAUGUCAUUAGAAGAACAAAAUAUAGCGGAAAAAAUCUGGAUAGAAUUUCAAAGGAACGGUAUAGCUUCAUUAUCCGAUGAUUAUAUUAAAUUAUUCUUUUCGCUUGAUGAAAGGAUGAUUAAGGAAAAUUUACAUAACGAUUUGGCUAUUACUCCCAUAGAAAAAAAUUGGAAAGAUUUCUCUAAAAAAGGGUUUAGAGAUUCAUUAGAUAAUUUAUCGGAUGUACUUACCUUAGCUUCAUCAGUUAAAUCACCUUUAUUAAGAGAUAAUGAUCCUAACUCUGUACAAAAUGGAUCUACCAUGACGCCCACGACAACAACGACACGUAAUGAUGGAAAGAAACAUAAAUUAAAAAGAGGAAUAAAUUUACGUGCAUUAAAGAAAAAAUCUUUUGAUUCAAAUAAUGAUUUUGAUUACAAUGAACAUGAAGAAGACUGGGAAGAUUGGUAUGUGAUAGAUGCCGCACAAGAUUUUCAAGUCACAACGCAUUUAGCGAUUGAAACAAUCGAUGAAUUAUUUCCUUAUAUUUGGAUUGAAACAACUGCUGAUGAAGUAACCAAUCGUUGGGGUGAAUGGGUUUUCGUUGAACCAAGACAAGAUUUAAUAAAUCGUGAAUGUGAAUGGAUAAUGAUUGAAGAAAAAGAGCAAAUUUUAAAUAUUUGGGAUGAUUCAAAAGUUCGCGGUGGACGUGGUAAAUUAAGAAGAAAAUCUUCUAGUUUGCCUCGUCUUUCUGGUUCUUUUGAUAAUAGUGAUGUAGAAGGUCAUAAUACAAGACGUAAACGUAUUUCUACAAAAGACAUUAGUGCUCCUAUACCCAUAGAUUACACCGAAGAAAUAUCAAGAAGAUUAACAAGUCAGGGGUAUGAUUCGGAGACAGGAAUGAUGGAAAUGGGUUAUACAAAUGAGAACAAUAAUAACAAUAGACUCACUCAAACAUCUCAUAUAAUGCCUACACAGUAUGAAACUGUUGCUGAAUAUGAUGAAGAUCAUGAAAAUUAUGCUGAGGGUUAUGGGGGUGAGAGAUAUAGUGAUGAAUAUGCGGAAGAAAGUGAUUAUGAUGAAAAUGAUCAGACCGCUGAUAGAAAUUCGAUGGGGGAAUUUUAUUAUGAUGAGAAUACGGAUUAUAUUGAACAUCUUGAACAGGAUGAUGAUACAAGAAAUGAACAUACUGAAGAAGGUUAUAAUGAUGAUGAUUAUACAACAAAUACUCAAUAUGGUUACCUAUAG